AUGUCUGCAGCCGCGCCCUUCCUUGUCAAGAGGAGUGGACGUCAGGCAGAGGUGCAGCAGAACUGGGAAAGCUUAGACUUAGCACGUGUUUGCGGCGUCACCUGCGCAGUGGAUAUAGCGCUGGCUGUCGUGUCCUAUCCGCUCUGGCACCUGAAGACGCGGGAGCAGGUCUUGGGAGGCAGCGCUGCCUCCCACCUUCGCGACCUCCACCGGCACCAUGGGUGGCCCGGGCUUUAUCGCGGGGCGCUGUUUGGAACUGUGGGCCUCCUGCCUGGUUUCUGCUGCUGGGUGGUGGCCUAUGAGUGGACAAAGUGGCAUGCCGCCCGACUCCUCCCUUCGAGCGCAGCCCCGGGUGUGGCAGCGGCAGUGGGAGAGUGUUGCUGGAUAGCGCUGGCAAUGCCCGUCGAGAAUGUGGCCGUUCGAAUGCAGUGCCGCGAGGCUUCCGCCCCACUCCUUCGUCCCGGCGCCUCUUGGCAUGAGGUGCAGACGCUUUGGCGGGAAGGGGGCCCCACGCGCUGUUGGAACGGAGGCUUACUAGGCCUUGCAUCCUCACUUCCUCAUUCGGCCACAUGGUGGCUUGUGUACGAGAACUCCAAGUCGUUUCUCCUGGCGAGCAAAGCUUUCGACCAGGUCCGUCCGGAAGUUAAACAAGGCGUGGCAGCCGCGGGUUGCGCAGCUGCCGCCAUCGCGGCUUCUUGCGCCACGACGCUCCUGCUGAAUCCGCUGGACGUGGUAAAGUCUCAGGUGCAGGCUGCUUCGUGCAAGGAGAAAAUAUCCCUGCGCCAGUACUUUGGCGGUCAGUCCCUAGCUCGGCUCUUCUUGAGGGGGCUGGGCCCGCGGUUAAUCUUGGCUGCGGCACAUGGCCUGUCGGACUGUUUCACUUACGAGGCCACGAUGCACUUCGGAAAGAGCAUGCCCUGA